AUGGCCGCCAGUACUAGCUCUCCGACCGCCCGGAAGACGGAGGAGGAUGCGCCCUCGAUCCAUACCCAUCGCUCCGCUGCCCUUGAAGGGGUCGAUUCGGGAGAACGACCCCCGUGGAUGUUGUCGUUCAUCGAAGUCAAGCUCCUCGGCAUUGCUGGAGUCGGCUUCUUCCUUGAUGCAUACGAUCUUUUCGUGAUCAACCCCGUAUCCACAAUGCUACAAUACCGCCUCUAUGGCGGGCAUUCACUUCCCGCCGGCUUACAAGGCUUCCUCAAGGCUGGCGCCAACAUCGGCAGUGUCAUCGGACAAUUCGCUUUUGGAUACAUGGCGGACGCUUAUGGCAGGAAGGCUAUAUAUGGAAAAGAAUUAAUGCUAAUCAUCCUCGCGACGAUCCUCUGCCUCACCACGCCCACGGGAACCCUCAGUCCCGACCACUGUCUCAUCUAUCUCGCCAUGUUCCGCAUUCUGCUUGGCAUCGGUGUUGGUGGUGACUAUCCCAUGAGUGCAUCCAUCACAACUGACCGUGCUGUCCUUCGCAAACGCGGUACUAUGCUAGCGUAUAUCUUCUCCAACCAAGGCUGGGGCUCAUUCUUCGGGUCGUUGGUCACAAUCAUCGUGCUUCUUGCGUAUAAGCAUGUCAUGGACGACGAGGGCAAAACAAGCAAAGUUGACGGCGUGUGGCGCAUAGUCGUCGGCGUAUCUCUUGUUCCUGCGUUUGGCACGCUCUACCAACGCUUGACGCUCCCUGAAUCCACGCGGUUUAUCGCGUCGCAGGACAGAAGCCAGGACAUCAUGGAGCUCAAACGGGCCCAAGCGCAAGAGCUUGGUCUAGAGAAGGGAGACGAAAGUUCCAGCGACGACAAAGUCUCGACUGGCGAUUCCGUUGUUGGUGGAGUAAAGAAAGAAGCCCAUUUCCGCGAGUUUUUGGUCUACUUCUCCGAAUGGCGCCAUGGAAAGAUCCUCCUUGGCACUGCGAUGUGCUGGUUCCUACUCGAUAUUGCAUUUUAUGGUAUCAACCUCAACCAAAACGUUGUCUUGGAGCAAAUCGGCUUUGCGGGCAAGACGGGCUCCGAUUGGGAGAAGCUGUUCAAGGUCUCGACGGGUAACAUGAUUAUUACCGCCUUGGGCUUUGUCCCUGGCUACUAUGCGUCCAUUCUGACCAUCGAAAGACUCGGACGCAAGUGGAUCCAGAUACAGGGUUUUCUUAUGGCCGCGCUGUUCCUCGCAAUCCUUGCCGCGAAGUUCCAUACACUAAGUAAAGCGGGCUUCAUCAUCUGCUUUACCUUCCUCCAAUUCUUCUUCAACUUCGGCGCCAACACGACUACCUAUUGCUACCCCGCAGAGGUCUUCCCGACGAGAUUCCGCGCGUCGGCCCAUGGCCUCUCUGCCGCUGCGGGUAAAGCCGGCGCGAUCGUCAGCGCCUUGGCCUUUAACGAGUUAAGCCAGAAGAUUGGCACGGACAAGGUGCUAUGGAUAUUCUUUGCGACGUGUAUCGCUGGCGCGGGCUUCACCCUCCUGCUGCCUGAAGUGCGCGGACGUGACCCCGAUUUGGUCUUGGCCGAAGAAAUCAAGGCGGCGAAGGCUGCUGCGAGGAUAUGA